ACAGGCCCAAGUCCUCCCAAGAGCAACCGUCAAUUAAUCAAGGUCCCUAGCCUCGAUACCCUCCCUAGCCUUUCUUGUUUUCUUAAAACAGCCACAGUCGCAAUGGUGCGCGUAUCGAUGCUCGUCUUUUUGUCGCUCGUCGGUCAAGGCACGGCUUCCGUCGAGGUUGCUCGGCCUGCGACGCCCACCCGCGCCGCGGCUGUAUCACGCUCCCUUCCUUCCAAGGCAUGGCGACAAAGCCGCAAAGUCUUGAACCUUUCCUCGACUUUUGGUUCCGCCACGAAAGCCUCUCCGUACGAUCGUAUUGCCGGCCAUCCGGUGUUUUCCGUCACUACCGCCUGGGGGAGUCCCUACAUGAGUAUGGAAAAGCUUUCGGAUCUCAACGAAGUCGUGCAGGAGAAUACGGGAGCAGGUCGCACCAAACCACAAUCCAUUUCGGAAGAACAAAGCGAGUAUCGUACGGUGGCCCUUUACUUUCUGGAUCCCGACGAUGCCUUGGCUGUGCACGGUGAAAUGAAACAAAUGGAGCAAAUGCAAAACGUCGACAUCCGCGUUACCUCGUUUAGUCUCGCCAAGGCCCUGCGUCAGGCCUCCAACCUUGGCAGUGGUCUCGUUACGGGAGCACCGCCGGAUCCUCUCGACGGAACUAUCAAGGCAUCCGAAGGUGGAGCCCUCCGGUACAAACUCGUGCCUCCGAAGCGACAACUGUACUACGCCGCCCGCUGCAUCGGUAAGGAACGGGUAGGUUUGUUUGGUGACACGGCCACACAAGACGCCAUGACAGCCGUCAUGGGCAAUUCGGCCAUUGAAGGGACCAAUUUGGGUCGACGUCGGGACAAGCGGGAACGGAAAACGCCACAGUCCAAGACUGCGAUGCAGCAACAAAACGCGCACAUGGAGGGAUACGUAGGAAUCCCCGUCUUUUACGCCCCCACCCUCCGCAAAUCGUUGCCGCUAAUCAAACAAGUCUUGAGCGGAAGUCGCCACGAGACUCCACUCUUUUUCAAUUACGAAGAUUUAGAGGCAACCUGGCGACAACUUCGUGAACGCAAUCCUCGUCUUCCGGAGCAACCGGAACAAGUCGAAGUCUUCAACCUUUGGGACGUCUUAACGUCCAUGGACAAGGAAGCGGCUACCAACAAGCGGAAAGCCCGCGAGGAAAAGUUCUCGCUGACGUCGACCCUGAAGGCAAGCUUGCGACGACUGGCCGCAGACAUGCCGGGUUUACAGCACAUUACGUUCAUUCCGUCAUCCCGGAGUGUCCAAUACAAAGAAUCUAUCUCGGCUCGGGGAAACAGCAAAGCCCGGUUAAGACCCAUGCGCGCAUGGUAGCUAAGAUAAUAGAUCAAGCAUGAUAU